AGAUUUGAUAUAUAUGACAACCAACCCAGAAGCCACAUCCACCACCACCACCCACUUUCCAUAUUGGGCCCUUUCCAUUGAACCUCCUGGAGAUCUACCCUUUCUGCAUAAUCUCACCACAUGGAUUCAAACCCCCUCUACUGACGUAAAUAAAGACAUAUAUUAUCAAGCCUAAAAGAGCGACGUACACGCAGCUCUUGUCCUACGUUCCCUCUCAUCAUCCUAUCGCCGGACUAUCCGGAGCUCGUUCCUUCACCACCUCCCCCCUUUUUGGAAAUCUCCGAGGCCCGUCGGCGCCCGAGACACGCCUGCAUAUCUCGCCUGAGCCUUGAAAGCAGCUCGUGUUGGGGAAUCGCCCCCUCCCCCCCACGCCGCGCCGUUCCGUCUCGGGUGGAGCAUGAUAGACAGCAAUGAGCCUGGCCAACAAUAACCCGCCUUCUUCGGCCAGCGGGCCAUCAUCUGCAGCUGCGGCAAAACAAAACCUAAAGAGGAGUGUGCAGCAGGCCUUUGAAGGUGACAAAACAGACUUCUUUAAUUACUGAGAUGCUCUUGUUGGACUUUCCCGUCACGUCGCGUUGCGCUUCUCAACUCCGCCAAUAGCGGAGUACUCCUGCGUUUAUAUAGUGGCAAAGUGUUGCCUCUAGUCGUCGUUGCACCUGAAAAGAUGUUUCCUCAAAGAUUCGAUGCGUACUGGAGCGACCCGUAUUUGGGUCUGCGAGAACCCGCGAACAGAAGCAGCGGCCAUGUUGCAUAUCAGAGCAAGGUCCGCGUAGUUGACCGAUACAAGGUCAUCGGGUUCAUUAGUAGUGGUACUUAUGGCCGAGUUUACAAAGCGGCAGGCCGCAUUGGACAGACAGGGGAAUUUGCGAUCAAGAAGUUCAAGCCAGACAAGGAGGGCGAACAGAUUCAUUACACCGGAAUUUCGCAGUCAGCUGUGCGAGAGAUGGCGCUAUGCUCCGAACUGAGCCAUAUUAAUGUUAUCAAACUUAUUGAGAUCAUAUUGGAGGAUAAAUGCAUCUACAUGGUCUUCGAGUAUGCGGAGCACGAUCUCUUGCAAAUCAUCCACCACCACACACAACCAACGCGCCAUCCAAUACCACCCGCAACAGUUAAAAGUAUCAUGUUUCAGUUACUGAACGGCUGUCAGUACCUGCACAGCAACUGGGUCCUGCACCGAGACUUAAAACCUGCAAACAUCAUGGUAACAUCUGCUGGAGAAGUUCGAAUUGGAGAUUUGGGACUGGCUCGACUUUUCAGCAAGCCUCUGCACUCAUUAUUCAGCGGGGAUAAGGUCGUUGUCACAAUUUGGUACAGAGCACCCGAGUUGCUUUUGGGGAGCCGGCACUAUACCCCUGCUAUAGACAUGUGGGCGGUGGGAUGUAUUUUUGCGGAGCUGUUAUCUCUACGACCCAUUUUCAAAGGAGAAGAAGCCAAGAUGGAUUCAAAGAAGACGGUGCCAUUUCAAAGACACCAGAUGCAGAAGAUCAUCGACAUUAUGGGCCUACCAACGAAAGAUAAAUGGCCGCUUUUGGUCUCGAUGCCAGAAUAUGCCAACCUUUCUUCGCUCCAUGCCCCGGUACAGCCGAAUGGGAAGCCCGCGGGUUCCAAGCUCGAGAGCUGGUAUUACUCCACCAUUGGGCAGCAUUCAGGAACUUCUCAGCCAGCCUCUUCCUCUCUGGGCGCCGAGGGGUAUAAACUACUAGCAGGCUUGCUGGAAUACGAUCCUGAUAAGCGGCUUACGGCUCAACAGGCAUUAGAGCACCCGUUCUUCAGUACAGGCGACAAGGUGUCCAGCAACUGUUUCGAGGGCAUGAAGACAGAAUAUCCUCAUCGCAGAGUGAGCCAGGAUGACAAUGACAUCCGCACUGGCAGUCUGCCCGGGACGAAACGGAGUGGCCUCCCUGACGACACACUGGCACGCCCUUCGAAACGGAUGAAGGAGAAUUAAGCAUAACGUGAUUUGUCCGAAGUUUGGAAUAUGUGGUAGCAAGGUACCCAAGGAUUUGAGGGGCUGUUGAGAGUUGCUGGUUGGCGUUGCAUAGUGUGAAUAUCAUUUUUGUACAUGAGCUGCAACACAUAUACCGUGGAUGAGGAUUAGUUGGCGUUAUGGGAUCAAUCGCCAUCCGACAGCAUGGAUGCGAGGGCGAAAGAGAGGAUUGAAGCUGUAGAAUGUAUAUUUGCUACUAUAGUCUUAUCUAAUGCCAAUACUUGUAUCGUAUAGACUACUCAGAAUUAUAGCACAUCAAUUAAAUUAAUUUAGUC